CAAGCCUGAAGGGGGAGGACAGUAAAAUAAUAAAGACAGAUAGAUAGAUGAGCAAUGCGAGAGGCAGGCGGUCCUUAUGGUGACAUCAGGAGCACUGAUACUCGGAUUAUAAAUGCAGCAUGGCUGCCUUCUCCAACCCCUUUCCACACUCAGAAGGAAGCUGUAGGUGAGAGGUGCCGGUCACUGCUGUGGUAAUCAUGACACCACCAAAGAAGAACAUUUUGGAGCGGCUGGAAGCAGGAGAGGUCGUUAUUGGGGACGGAGGGUUCGUCUUCGCCCUUGAGAAGAGAGGUUAUGUCAAAGCAGGGCCGUGGACACCCGAGGCUGCCGCUGAGCACCCUGAAGCGGUGCGGCAGCUGCACAGGGAGUUCCUCAGGGCAGGCGCCAAUGUCAUGCAGACAUUCACUUUCUACGCAAGCGACGAUAAACUGGAGAACAGGGGCCACACACAGCGCUUCACCGGGCAGCAAAUAAAUGAAGCAGCCUGUGACCUGGCCAGGGAAGUGGCCAAUGAGGGCGAUGCCCUGGUGGCAGGAGGGGUCUCCCAGACCCCCUCUUACCUCAGUUGCAAGAGUGAGGAUGAUGUCAAGGCCAUCUUUAAGAAGCAGAUUGACGUCUUUGUCCAGAAAAAUGUGGACUUCUUGAUUGCAGAGUACUUUGAGCAUGUGGAAGAGGCUGAGUGGGCAGUUCAGGUUUUGAAGACCACUGGCAAGCCUGUGGCUGCAACUCUGUGCAUUGGACCUGAAGGAGACCUGAACGGAGUCAGCCCUGGAGACUGUGCAGUCAGACUCGUCAAGGCUGGAGCUCAGAUUGUUGGUGUUAACUGCCACUUUGACCCAGUGACCUGUGUGAAGACUGUGAAGAUGAUGAAGGAGGGAGUGGAAAAGGCUGGGCUGAAGGCUCAAUACAUGAGCCAGCCGCUGGCUUACCACACUCCUGACUGCAACUGCCAGGGUUUCAUCGAUCUGCCAGAGUUCCCUUUUGGUCUGGAGCCAAGGAUCUUGACCAGGUGGGACAUGCAGAAAUACGCCCGUGAUGCGUAUGAUGCCGGCAUUCGUUACAUUGGAGGCUGCUGUGGAUUUGAACCCUACCACAUCCGUGCCCUGGCAGAGGAGCUGGCACCUGAGAGGGGUUUCUUGCCUGCAGGCUCUGAGAAGCAUGGCAGCUGGGGCAGUGGCCUGGAGAUGCACACCAAGCCUUGGGUCAGAGCCAGAGCCCGUCGUGACUACUGGGAGAAGCUGAAGCCUGCAUCUGGUCGUCCCUUCUGCCCUUCCAUGUCCACACCUGACGGCUGGGGUGUCACCAAAGGCCACGCUGACCUGAUGCAGCAGAAGGAGGCCACGUCUAAGGAGCAACUGGAGGCUCUCUUUGACAAGGCCAACAAAGCUCACUGAGCUCCCCUCUGAGGCAUCCAUUUGUGAGGAGAAGCCAAGGUGUGGCGUGUGAGGCAUA